AUGAGCAACCAACCAUGGUUGGAUAGUCUGUCAGACGACUGGCCCUCUCCAGCUUCGCCCAGCAGUCCAGCACCUAUUCUACCUGUUCUACCAGAAUCGCCUAAAACCAGUCAGCAGGGAACCCCUAGUCGCAUUCCUGUGCCUGCCCGCCGUUCCUUAGAACAACAAUCCCCGGGAAGCAACAAAAAGGAUAAGGUGACCCGACCAUGUCAUUUCCAUAGAAGAGAACCUCCGACUCCAAAGACUCCCCGAACACCCAAAACACGCAAACCACGGUCGCCUGCCCCGGGUAGUUUGAAAUCCAGUACUCCCAAGACCAACCCAAAGACCAACACCAAAAGUCCAAAGGUCAGUCCCAAGCCCACCCCGGGUGCGGCUCGCAGGCAGCCCUCAAUGGAUACGCGCUCCCCUCUACGAUCGGUCUCAAACGUCUCCAAAACCUCCACACAAUCCGAAUUCGACGGCACGGUUCAGAUCAAAUCGAAGAAAGACAAGGAUACAAAAGAGGGUACGCCAGAAUGGCGCAGGCGACUAGUGCGCGGGGAAAUCGCCCCCGGCGAACAACGGGACCUGUUCGCACCGAUGGGACUCGAAAGCGUGUUUAAGCCGCCUACACCUGGUGCUGCAACGGCGCAAGCAGGCUCUACCCCGUUUACGAAGCAGGACGACCAUCUGUGGGAUUUCACAGACACACCUUCGCGACAGGAUGGAGACAAGGACAACGGUGGUGAGGAUGACGCGCGCGUCGUAAAUGAGGAUGAAAGGGAUACUAGCGACCGAUCGCCGGAAGGAACCGUCAGUCGCGCUCAUCGGGAGAAUAAUGGGCGCUUAGAUGUGGAUUGGGACCAGGAAGGGUUCUCACAAGCGGGGAAUACACAGCUCCGUACAGCUAGUGGGCUGGAGGAUCUGCGCAACGAGGGGAUCACACCCAUAACCUUCUCCCGCAACAACACUGUUGAUGGUAAUGGGACUUCAGAAGUCAUUAAGUCUGCGCUGAAGCAGGUCACCAACAAGUUGGAAAGCCUGUCUAUCAAAAACGAUAGUCGCUCGGACUCCCCCGCAAGCGAUAGCCUCCUCUUCUACAACCACAGUGAACCUCACGCGGAUGGGUCUCCACGAGAUGAUAUCGGCGAGGAAACCGCUCCUUCCCUCGGCGAUUCUCCCCUUCGCCCUUUCCCUCGCACCGUUUGUCCCCCACAACCCUCGCCAACUCUAAAAUCCGAAGUUCUCCCUUGUUUAACCCCCCCUCACAAGACCGCGUCACCUGGUCUACCGCGUCCUUCCUCGUCUCAUGUUCGGCCAUCCACGGCUGGAGCAGAAAAUGAAGCCAAGAUGCCGUCAUCAGGAAGUCCAUUGAAGCUAUUCGGUGACCAUGACACCUUUACCAAUAACAGACUUCUCCGGCGCAUGAGCCAGUUUGAAGACAAUUUCAGCGACAAUUCAGAAGGGGAGGAGCCCCCUUCGCCCUCAGAAGAAGCGCGAAGAAAGGGCGAAAACCGCAGCUUUUUAAAUGCGAGACAUGAACCAUUGCAGGAGCUCUCUCCUAGGCGAAACGAACGUCUUGGAUCCCGUAAUGCCGCACAUCGGAUCAGUCAAUUCGGCGGUGGCGAGUUGGACAAGUUUGAUUUCUCAGAUACCAGCCCCUACGAGCACAAAUUGGUGUAUGAUGAGGCCGGAGGAUUUGGGUCCCGUCCGUCUUCACGAAAGCGAUCGUCAACUCGACAACAAUAUCUUCGUGGCCCUUCACAGCAGGGGCUAUACCAUUACAGCAGAUCUGCAAGCUCGGGAUUCACCAGGAAACCAUCUGCUUGGAUGCGCCAGGAUUUCUUUGAUGAUGUGCGGCACGGGACUCGUGCGAACAACAAGGAAAAUAUGGCCCCUGAUGUGAAGCGAGUACCACGGGCCCCCGGCAUGGACCCCACCCCCAAACGGCGCCGAACAAUCAUGAGAAACAAUAGCGCCGAUCCCUAUCACAGCGCCAAUGGCGGUUCGCCUCAGAAGUAUGGUGACAGCAUGUCAUUGUUACAACGAAGCCUAUUGCAACAUGGUGUACAGCUCGAAAAUAGCGACUAUCUUGCUCCGCCGGGCCUUUCUCAAUCGAGACAGCGACCUCGAACCCCCACACCAAGCCAAAUACGAACAGACGGGGAAAGCCAUAUUGCACCACACAGAGAUUUCUCCGAAUCAAACUUCGAAAAUAAUGAUUAUUCUGAUUCCUUUUCCCUUGAUGGCGACGUUCCGCUAGUGAAGAUUACUGGGACAAGCGAUACAUCACGAAAAGGAUCUAUCACGACUCAGGAUUAUUUAAACGAGGCCACCAAGAUCAUGGAUUUGAUCAGAUCCAAAGGACGAGGUGCGGCUGGAUUGACAAGUGUACAUGAGUCUGACGUGGAAAGUGAAGGCGACGAGUUCAGCGACGACGAUGAAUCCACCCGGGAAGCCUUUUCUCGGCCCCCUAGCCGUGACGGAACGGAUCUUCGCAAAUUAAGAGAGGUGAAGGAGUUGAAUCCACUGAUCUUGAGUCACCUGAAAAAAUACCAGGAGCAAGAUGAUCCGAAUGAUCGGGAAAUGUCCCUGCAUGCUCGGCAUGGUCAGGACGAGGGCCGAACUGAGCUCGGUGAAUCUAACUCACAGAAUAUCCGAAUUCAUGGACCGAGGAAACGAAAGACUAGUGGCAUGACUGAUGACACCGCGGAAAACAUUGCCCAGGAUCUGAUGACUAUCAACACACAAAUGUCUGGGUUUAGCGUCACCUCCGUGCCCACCGGCUCCUCGCAAGGCUCCCAAGUGAAGGGUAUGCUGGCCUCUGACCUUGUAGCCCACCUUAUUCCGAAUGAGGUCAAUGGGUUCAAGUAUGACCGCUCGAAGAAUCAAUGGGUGAAAGAUGACGUGGAAGAACAACAGGCACCGGUCUCUGAGCCAGCCGAGGAGGCUGAUGACCCAUUCAGAGAUAUUCCAGAUCUCAGUGUAGACGAGCUCCAGGAGAUGAUGAGAGUCCAUGGCCUCGAUUCUCCUACAAAGAGCGAUGCUCCCGCUGACCGAGAGCAAAUUAAGGCCCGCAGUCCUUUGGCUGCGAACCCAUCCCCGAAGAAACCUGAUGUUCGGCCACAUACGAGGGACGGAGAACCAUCCCUCGGUGCAAGCUCGGUCCAAUCAAGAUUCACUCGCUUCACCCCAGCGCGACGAGCCGUUGUCUUCAAAGACCCCCGAUCUCUCGGAAAACAAGCACGCGUUGCCACACUGAAUCUUUCAUCACCUCUUGUUUCACGCCCCUCUUCUCGCGGUGAGCCCGAUGACGCCCAACCUGACCUGAACGUGAACCAUACCUACCAUGGGAUUGUGCCAGACGAAGCUGCAGCCCAGGCAGACCAUGAAAAUGGCCAAAUACGGUCAUCUGUUCCUCCCACAGGGCGCCAAACUUCAGUCGGCGGACAGCCGUUCAUUCGACGUCCUAUCUCGAGAAUUGAGGAGAGGAAUGAGGAGACCAUUGAUGACCAAAGCCUCGUCCGCAGGAAUGAUUCCCUGCAUGUCCAAGAAACGCCCGCCAGAACCGAGGUAGAGCAUUCUUUGGUACCUCUCCAGAGCGCUGGGCCCGACACGAGCUAUAGCUUCCACCUCAGUCCACUUCCGGACUUCACCGUCAACCAAGGCGACAAACCCCUGAAACUUGAAAUGAGUUAUGUGGCCCAACGUACAAAUCCCUCCUCUUUGCGACAAGUGCACGGGACGUUCGCACUUGCAACUGAAGAUUUGAUCAAGCAUAUUACAGACGUGGAACCAUACGAGCCUUAUUGGGAACAUGUGCGCCGCCUUGUCCUGCGCCAGAAGGGAUUGAUCACUCUGCACAAGCUGAACGAAUUUUGCCCCCGACUAGAGGAGUUGGAUGUUUCUGAUAACGACAUUGGUCAAUUGAGUGGCAUUCCCUCAACCCUCAGAACCCUCAAGAUCCCUAGAAACUGCCUCUCUAACCUGACUCCCUGGAGCCACAUGGUCAAUCUGCAGUAUUUGGACGUUUCAGGAAACGAUAUCGAGACGUUGGAUGGCUUCUCGAGCCUGAUUCAUCUCAGGGAAUUGAAGGCGAAUGACAAUCAGAUCCGUAAUAUCGACGGCAUUCUUGAUCUGAAUGGCUUGCUAAGCCUGAAGCUGAGCAACAAUUCCAUCACUGCAGUGGAUUUUGAAGGGUCCGAGUUGACACGCCUUCGUGAUCUUGAUUUGAGCCACAACUGCCUCACAUCAGUUCGGAAUGUCGAAUGGCUUCCGUCACUUGCUACUCUUGAUCUUAGCGCCAACCAGAUUAGCCGCUUUGACUCUUCUGCAUCCCUUAUCAGUCUUCGCGCCCUGAAACUCUCUGAAAAUAAAUUGGAGGCUUUAGAUGCACGAGCUUUCCCGUCUGUCAGCCUUCUUUACCUCGAUCAAAACCAUCUGUCUACCGUUCUUGGCCUUGAGAAUUGCCACAAUCUCGAGGUACUGUCUCUCCGAGAGCAGACACCGUCAAAAGAAAAGGACGUUGAACACAGCCUGGAUAUUGAUUUGGGUCUUGUCAAGGAUGUUCGUAAAGUCUUUUUGUCCUCGAACAAGCUUUCCCACCAAAGUGUGUGCCCUUCUGCUCCGCUACUACGACUUCAACUUCUUGAUCUAGCUGCGUGCACGUUGAAAACUCUCCCAAGUGACUUUGCUUUGAGCUUCCCAAAUCUCAAGGUCCUGAACUUGAAUUUCAACUCGGUUGAUGAUGUUGAGCCACUGGUUGGAAUGAAUUGUCUUGCUAGACUGAUGAUCGUUGGUAACCGUCUCUCAAGGAUGAGAAGGGUCUGCCAAAUCCUUAGUCGACUAGGAAAAACCGGAAAAGGAACUGCGUGUUCCUUACGCAAGAUUGAUCUCCGUGGGAACCCAUUGACUAUCGGAUUUUAUCCUCCAACGGUGACUGGCAGUGGUAAUCCCGAUCGCAAGAAACUGAAGUCCCAAGAACAAGCAGUCGUCCGACACCAAGGAAUCCAUCGGGAUCUUUCCGAUGCUCUAGCUGAACUCGGAAAUGACGACCAGAUCUCUCAUCGCGCCACCAUUGGGGAUGAGCCGAAGACAGAAAGAGAUAUCGAAAUCGACGACCCAUACACACUCCCGCUCGCCGACCCGCACGCGGAUGUGAAGUACUUAAGGCAUCUCGAUCAAGCCACGCGCCUGCGCCGAAGAGUGCUAGAGCUUUUGCUCUACGCUGGCACAAGUGGCACCCUCCACACCCUCGACGGGCUAACCCUUCGGCCCUCAUUGGGCGAUGAGUGCUCUGAUAUGAACAAAGCGUGGGACAGACUGGAGCAACUUGGUGUAUUGCGGAGGAAAGCGAUCAAAAAUUAG